AAAGUAACGCCUUGAUAAAACCGAAGAAGAAGAUGAAAAAAUAAAUGCAUUCUUAGCGGGCUUUGGGAAAAUUGUUGUUUAUUAAUAUUGUGUGAAUUUUCAAAAAUUUAUAGUUUUACGAAUCUGUUUUGAAAAAAUUGUGACUCUGACGUACAUUAAAACAAAAACGCAUAAUGGAUAUCUCUAGGCAAGCAUUUAGUGAAGCGAAUACUACCGGAGUGUCCAUGUAUUUGUCGUUUGAUUCAAGCAUUUCAAGUGCAGCUUAUAAAACAUUGGAAGCUACUACAUGUGAUCUUUCAAUGUUGUCAAACAUGGACCAUGAGGAGGCAACUGUUGAAAAUUCUCAGGAAAUUCAUCAGAAUAGCACGCUGGAGGCGUUAGAUUCGCAUUUGAACUACCUAGAAUCAGUUAAGGAUAUAGACUCGUGUUCAAAGCUCACUGCUUUACCAAAGCGUAUUUUGCAAGAAUAUAAUGUUGUCAGCUCGACACCCACCAAGGAACAGCUAUUACGUAGUGUUGAAGUUGUACGCGGCUCCGGCGCCGAAAGAUGUGUGGAUCUAAAGUUUGCUUUUAUGGAUAUGGAUGACAAAAAAGUUAAUGCCACAGAUAAGGAAAAUGCUUUACCUGCUAAAAAGGUAACAGCAAUAUCCAAUAAAAACGACGAAGCCUCACUACGGACAAUAAUAGAAGAAACAUCAGUUGUUGACGAAAUAAAUACAAGUAAACAUAAGGAAGAGCCAAACAUUGAAGAAACAACACCAAAGGCCACCAACAGUAAAAUACCAAUAACUGACGAACUACCACGGGAUCCAGAAAAACCAGAAAUUAAAGUUUCAGAUAUAAACAAAAGGAAAUCACUGAUUAAGAAGCCGUUAUGCGAACCUGAUCUCAAAGCUAAUCGUCCAUCAAGAAUUUCUAUGAAUCCAAAUAAUCGUUAUACACUAAACAAUAUUGGCACAAAAUCAAAUAUUGACAAAGAGAUUAAGGAAAUUCCAAAAUUGAUGAACAAGGUGUUGAAAUUCGCUGAAGCUACAAUCACAGAGAACGAUAAAUCUAAAACAACAUCUCUCUCGGAUACGCGUAAGUCUAUUUCGUAUAAUCCAAAAGGACGCUCAUCAAUGCUACCAUCUAGUGUAGCAUCACAAGGUGAAAAACGUCCUUUUGCAUUUACUCAACGUAUGUCGGUAUUGGUAAAGACCACAUUAAACAGUCCCGCACGUAAAAUAGCUCGACGAUCUGUUUUACCCAACACGCAGCAAAACAGAAAAAGUACCAUACCCACAGGGCUAUCACACAACAAUCGCAAAAGUAUGUUGCCAAUAGGUAGAACAGUACAAACCGAGGUAAAUACAAAAUGUACACAAAAGCCAGUCAUUGAAUCUACUAAGCAAGGACCGGCCAAUCGAAAGUCCAUGUACCCCGUAGUGCCGGCUAAAGCUGCUAACGUUCCACCAUUAACUGCAUCGAAUACGAAAACUCGGCCAACUGUAACCGCGAAACCCGAAAGCAUUUUCGUUUGCAAAGUUUGUGGUUGUAAAUUUAGCCUUAAGUCACUCUUAGAUGCACAUAAACGUUCUCAUGAAGGUGAUGGUGUACCAGCAUUUGUUAAGAAAACUAACACAAGCGCUGCGAGUACAACUUCAUCAAUUACACAUUCAAAUAAUGGAAAUAAAUGUAGAUAUUGCGAUAAAAAGUUUGUACUACUUCGUGCUUUACACAUACACCUGCUGCAAAAUUGUCCAAAAAUACCACCAAAUGAUAAGCGCAAGUUAAAAUUCCAUGAAAUGGAUCAUGUUGAAAAGGCUCAAUUGCCUUCGGUCUUCCAUGUAAACACUUCUGGUGCUAAAAUAAACUCACAAAUACAAAAUACAUUGACGAAUGUACCGCCACAGCGUUCUCACUCAGAUUUGAGUAGCAUUUCUGUAAGUUCUACAGAUUCCACAAAUGAUAAAAAAGCGCUUGCUGAAAUUACCAUAAUAGCGAACACUGCGGCUGCAGCAGUAGACGGUUUAUUGCCAGAGAUGGCGCCACCCGCAGCAAGAAUGGUAAAGAAAACAACAGCUCAUGCUGGUAUACAUCGUACACCGAAUAAAGCCAUUAUAUGUCACAUCUGUAAGAUGUCAUUUAAAUGUAUAAUGGAUCAUAUUCAGCAUAAUAUGACGGUGCAUUUUAAAAAUACUGAAACUCCAAAAAGCAACGACGAAAUCGAUGCCCGGAAGAUUGCCACAAAUGCGAAUACAUCGGCUACAAAGCAAACGCAGUAAAGCGAUUUUUCUUUUAUUAGACGCGCAUUUCGCAAUUUUUAUAUAUUUAUUUUUUAUGUUAAUUUUUCUGUAGUUAAUUUCCGUUCUUUUUUUUUAUUUACAAACAAUUGCUAUGUGUUUGACGCCACGGCCACGAAGUUUUUCUGUCAAAACUUUGGUCUAUUCGAUUUUUUGAUUUUUUUGUUUUUAUUAGUAAUUUAAUUAAACGUAAUCAUAACAACGCAAUUAAGAUUGCCACACUUCAUGAUUUUCAUUAAUUUAUGUGCAUAACUUCACAUGUAAGAACUAAAUUUUAGUGCAUAAUUUCACUGUGAAAUUAUACUUUGAUAUGUAUUGUAAGACGUGAAGAUUUUUAAUUUUUUUUUAAUCUGACUGUAACUCUCAAUACAUAUCAAUAAAUCUACAUAAAUAUCAAUAAAUACUCAAAAUCGAAUCGUUUCCCUUAUAUUAUGAACAAUUUAGAUAUAGAUCUGAAAUAUUAAACACGUCCAUUUCUCCACAAGAGCUGCUCAUUUGUCGCAACCGCCGUUAACAGACCACUAUAGCAUAAACAAAAUUAUGUUAUUUUAUUGAAAUACUUUUGUAUUUGACAAGAUAUCUUAACGAAAUAUGACACAGAUUAUUACCCAACCAUACAAACUGAUCGGUGUCAAAAAUCCUUGGUCAAACAACUUCUUUAUUUGACGAGAUGUCUUCUCGAAAUUUGACGUGGAUUAUUGUCAAAGUGGCCUAUCAAAUCCAGAUCUUGUCUUAAAAUUUUAUAUUUGUGAAGCUGCAACCGUAGUUAAGGUUUUUUUUAAGAAAUAGGACCACAUUUAACGAUAUUUCGAUUAAUAUUUUUUCUGGAAGAUGCAGUUUUUGUUUCUGCAUUUAAUUUUGCACUCGAAAGUCUGACAAUCUAAGCAUUAAUCGUUGACAAAUGUUAUUUAAAGCAAUUAAAAUUAUUAAUUGGCUGAGAUCUUCCCUCCCUUUUCCACACAAUAAAUUCAGAUUUUUGAAUGCUCGCCCAAUCAAAAUUGCCAAAUACAUGACAAUGCUAAUGCGGAAAUUUUUGUGAUCAUUUCCCUUCCGGUGGAAAAUUGGUGGUCAUUGCCAAAAAUGCGAAUUCACAUUUUCUAUUCAAAUUUACAAGUGUUUCAACAUGUAAACAUAAAAAUGAAACGUGCCGCAAAUUUUGAGCACUAAAAAUUUUUUCACGAGUCUACACAAACGUACACAUUAUCCUAUGUACAUGUACACGUUAUACAUUCUAAACGCUUAACGUAGCAUGCCAGAAACUACGCCAGAUGCAUCACUACACAUCUUUAAAUAUAUCAUACAUAUGCGUAUAAGCGUCAGCACCUCUAUAUGUACUUUACACAUCUCGCCAGUGCUACGUUCAGAUAUGUAAGUGGUUUUAGUGCUUUUGUUGCAUCAUAUUGUUUGUUGCAGCAAUAGGCAGACGAGAAUGAAAAUAACCAGACACAACCAUUUCAUCAACGUCCAAAUUUCUAAUCUGAAUUGUUGAUUGUCUUACACCGUCGUGCUUACAUCGUCUGCUUCGCCAAACCUAAAUAUUCUUCAGCUUUUUGUUUUUGUUGUCUACUUUGUGGCAAGGCAUGCAACUGAAAGUCAAACAUACAUACUCACAUAUAUGUGUGUUUGUAGGUUACAUUAUAAAUAAUAUCGGCAAUGGCUGGUGUUUUAUGUCGCCGCGAACUUGAACUUGAUAGAUGAAAUUCGUAUGCUAUUUUCAGGUCAUCUCGCUCUUCUGUGCCAGAAAAAUUAUAAUUUUGGCUGUAUAUGAUCUUUAAGUGGCUCAAAACAUGUCCCAUUUGUAGUAUCUUGUGUAUUGAUGAAUGACACAAAUAUCAGAAUGAUGUAUCCACCCGGAAAAUUAAUUCGGUGUUUUUGUAUAAAUCAAAGUAGAAUAUUAAUAAGUUAACCAUUCCCACGACAGUCGGAUCUAAUUAGCCGGAGCGGACUCUGAUUUUUAUACGGCCAGGGACUGUCAACUGGACACCAUUCCUCGGAUUUACUUUAGGAAUGUUUUCUGGUUCUACAAUUAGUAAAUUAAUAUUUAACUUUUUUUGCUUACCAAUCAAUUUGAUAUAAAAAAAUAUAUACAAUAGUAAUUUGUAUUUAAAUACUAUGUUAUUUAUUGUUAUCAAUUAUCAUCAACUCGUGUUUUAUAUUUAAUAAACUCAUUGUGUUGUUGUCUACAUAAUCAUACAUGUAUGCGGCGUUGUGUUCAUUUCACUUUUCAGUUUGGAUUUUUAAUAUAAAUACUUAUGUAUUACUAAACCUACAAAGCAUUGUUAACAAUUACAUUCUUAAACAAUAUCUACAAAAGAAUGUACUGUAUAUAUAAACUACAAACAUACAUACACUAUGUUUAAGUAUUGUUGGAAGAUUUUAACGUGUGAUAUUAUGUGGCAGAUUGAUUCGCUCUCAAUAUAUUUUAUAAUUGCUUUGAUACGUUUACAACACAUCUGCGCUGUAUUAAUUA